UCGGCAUUGAAUGCCGGUAGUCUGUGGUAUUGCUGCCACUAGCGCGCAGGUUUGUCCGAGAUGAAACUAGUGUUGACCGUCGUGGUACUGGUGGGGGCAUUGGCCUCCACCUGCAGUGGGUACCAGGUAAAGCCCAAGAAUUACAGCGCAACAGUUGAACAACUUCAGCACGAAUACGCACGUGCCGAGAAGGAGUUCGAGCGGGAGUUCCGCAUCUGGAAGCACACGGGAGUGAAGACACCUCGCUUCCGGGAGAUGCUCGAUUCCUGGAAGAUUCCGCGCGAGGAACGUGGCAUGGAGCUGGAGGAUCUGCCGAUCCAGCGGGAGGGUCAGAUUUGUCUGCUGUGCCGGUCGGUCGUGGGACAGCUGAUGCAGCAACGGCAAAAUGGGGCCACCCGGGAUGAUCUGUUUGGAACGGCGUACGAGCUGUGUACGACGCUGCAGAUUCAGGAACCGGACGUUUGCUACGGCGUGAUUGAGAUCAAUAUUGACUUCUUUAUCUAUAUCUUCGAUAACCGACCAUCGCUGGGUUCGGACUCGGUUUGCGCUGUGAUCUUCCAGUCGUCGGCGUGCAUCUUGUCGGAUCCGGAGUUUUUGGAUUGGUCCGUGAAUGUGGACGCUAGUGGUCGACCCGUUACGGAAUCCAAACAUUUUCCGAGCGCGCGCGGUCCCAACGAUAUCAAGAUCGUUCAGAUUUCCGAUCUGCACUACGAUCCCAAGUAUCAAAUGGGUUACAACGCCGUAUGCAACCGGCCGGCAUGCUGCCGUAACGAUCAAGGUAUUCCGGAAGACCCAUCGGAGCAGGCAGGUCGCUGGGGAGAUUACCGGGACUGUGACUCCCCCUGGGAUGCCAUCGAGGAUGUGAUCGAUCACGUCGCGGAAUUUCACCCGGACGCGGCAUACAUCUAUCACACUGGGGACAUGAUUGAUCACGGCGUUUGGGAGACAUCGAUUGGGCAUAACAUUGGAGCUAUGAAUCGUAUCUACAGCAAGUUGAUCCGCACCUUCCCGGAUACGCCAGUUUUGAACAUUCUCGGCAACCAUGAGGCACAUCCGACGAACGUUUUCGCUCCAACCAUCAACGUCCGGCCGGACUUUUCGAUGGACUGGCUGUACCGCUUCUCGGCGGAUCUCUGGGGUCACUGGUUGCCUCAAUCUACGCGGCACACCAUCCAGCAGGGUGGUUUCUAUACCUAUCUGAUCCGCCCGGGUCUUCGGGUAGUCGCAUUGAACAACCAGGACUGUUACACCUUCAACUGGUGGAUCCUCUGGAGGCCGGACUAUCUCGCGAACCAGAUGCAGUGGCUGCACGACGUUCUGCUCGUGGCGGAACGUAACAACGAGAAGGUUCACAUCCUAGCUCACAUCCCGUACGCAUCGUCCGGAUCGACGUUCCGCAUUUGUCAGCGCGAGUUCCGUCGGAUUUUGGAACGCUUCCACGACACUAUUAGUGCUCAGUUCCAUGGACACACGCAUCGUGAUGAGUUCAACGUGUUUUACUCUCGCGAGUCGCCAGAACAUGCGAUUAACGUGGCCUGGAACGGAGGCAGCACGACCGCGUUCAGCGAUAUCAACCCGAACUACAUCGUGUACUACGUGGAUCCGGAGACUUAUCAAGUAACCGACUUCGAGUCGUACAUCUUCAACCUGACGGACGCUAACCUGACGCCGGAUCGACGUCCGGAUUGGUUCAAGCUGUACUCGUUUGCCGAGGAGUUUGACAUGCACAACCUGAGUCCGGCGGAAGCGGAUCGAAUGGUCAAGCGGCUGGGAACGCCCGCUGGGCGCGAUGAACUCUACCGGUACUGGCAGUUCAAGGUCAAGCUGGGCGAUCCCUCGCUGGAAGCGGGUUGCGACGAGAACUGCCUGCUGAACCACCUGUGCCAGGUUGUGGUCAGCGAAAUGGGUGACGAUGUGAAGUGUGACGAGCUUCGGGAAACGUUCUUCGAUUGAUAGUGUCAAUAAAGCGAUGAGAUUUA